UGCACAUUUGAAUUUAAGGAUUGAAAACAGUGGACUUGUGUUCAUAUUUCCUCAUCAGAAUGAUGGACAGAUAACUUAUCUAUAAACAUCUCAACAAACAAAUAUCUUGUUCAGUCAGUCGUGUUGGGUGAGGAUCACAGUAUAUCAGCUUAUUAUUAUUCUCAGGAAACUUGUCCUCUGAACUGGUUUGUGGAUAAAAAGAAAUAAACUGGAAUGUAAAAACUGACAAUGGCUUUCAUUCAUAAAGGUUUUAUAAAAGCACAGACUCUCAUCUCUGUUAAUCAGUAUGUCUUAAGACUUAUCUUGGCCAUUUCAACUGUUACACCGGUGACGACUGCAACUGCUAAUCUCUCUGACCCCUGCUACAACUACACUGUGCUGGACAAUCCAUGGAGAUCCAUCAAUAAUACAAUUAAUAACAACAUGUGUGACACCUCUGUCUCCUGGAGCGGCUGGUAUCGUCUCUUCAUUAACGGCCUGAGCGCUCAUGUCGCAGACACGUGUGUUGCUCUGUAUAGAUGUGGCACUAGUGUCACACUGUGGAUACGUGGUGGACACCCAACAGUUAAGGAUGGAGUCGUCACUCGAGAUGUCUGCGGUUAUGAUGUCAAUUACUGCUGUUAUCACGGGUCUUAUCCCAUUAAAGUCAAAGCCUGUCCAGGCAAUUAUUAUGUCUACGAGUUGGUUAGUCCAAAUAUCUGCAAUGCAGCAUACUGUGCAGACACUGGUAACAUUACCACUACAGCUGUUACACCAGUGACCAUCUCACCUGCUGUUACUGACAUCAGUGCAGCCUUUACAACAGUCACACCAGAGACGACAUCAGCUGGUAUAAAUAUAACACUGCCGGAAGGAUGCACUAGUCAGAACUGUUUCCAAAAUCUACUUGAGCAGAUCGAGAACAUUACAUCAUCUCAAGUGCUCUCUGUCACUACUGUGACGAACAUUUUGACUAUGGCCUUCAAUGCUUCAGAGAAGAUGUUAGACUCAUCAUCAUCAUCAGUCAGCCCAGCUGAACUCGCCUCCUAUGGAAACCGUGUAUUAAAAACCAGUGAGAAACUCAUUUCUACGUUGGUGAAGCCGACAGACACAAGUGACAAUGUCAGUUUGGCUCUUGCUGCUGUUGAGGUUGAAGUCUUCAUGGUUGGACCAAAUGUCGCCUUAAAUAAAAUCCCUCGACUUGACACAACAAACUCUUCUGUGGACAUUGAUCUCAUUGGGAUCGCCAGGAACAACGAUAAAGGAUCAGCUGCUGUGGCUUUCAUGGGUUACAACACAAUGGAGAAUCUACUGAAGCCCGACUUCUUCAACACAUCAAAUGAUACGGUUAAAACCAUGAUGUCCACUGUGAUCUCAGCUACUCUUCCCAAAACCAACAACACUAAACUUACCAAACCAGUCAACUUCACCCUCAAACACAUCAGAGAGUUUGACCCCAACGGUUCUCUGUCUUGUGUGUACUGGAAUAUCAGUGAGUGGAUUGUAGAUGGUUGUUCUGUUUUAGAGACCAACAGCAACUACACUGUGUGUUCCUGUGUUCAUCUGUCGACAUUCGCUCUCAUCAUGCAAACCAGCAGACCACCAGAGAGCGACUCACAGCUGGAUCUGUUGAAUUUGGUGUGUGUGAUCGUGGGGCUGGUGUUCUUCAGUUUGGCCCUGUUGACCUUUGCCCUUUGUCAGUGGAGUCCUGGAGUGAAUAAUGUGGCUCGGAUCAACAUCUGCAUCAGUCUUCUGUUGGCUCACCUUCUGUUCCUGCUCACACAACAGUUCCUGGACCUCAUACGCCCUCAGCAGGUGUUGUGUGCCGUGAUAUCAGGUGUGCUGCACUUCCUCUUUCUCUCCGGCUUUGCGUGGAUGUUCAUUGAAGCUGUGCUGCUCUUCAUCUGUGUGAGGAACCUAUCACAGAUCAGCUCCAAAAAGAGGGAGGUGCUAAGCACUGGAUUCCUGUGUGUGAUUGGAUAUACGGUUGCUCUGGUUGUGGUGGCCGUGUCUGUCGGGCUGCUUCCUGAAGGCUACGGCAGCGAACACUGCUGGAUUAAAAUGGAUAAAGGUUUCAUCUGGAGUUUUCUGGGUCCUGUUUGUGUCAUACUAGCAUUGAACAUGAUUCUCUUCAUCAACAUCAUCAUCAAACUGAACUCAACUCUCAAAAAUCUGAACGCUGAAGUUUCACAGAUGAAACAAACCAAGACUAUGACAUUUAAAACACUGGCUCAGUUUGUGGUUCUUGGUUGCUCCUGGAUUCUGGGUUUCUUCACUAAUGGCAGGAAGGAGCUGGAGAUCAUCUUCCUGAUCUUGAACUCCCAGCAGGGAACCUUCAUCUUCCUGGUCUAUUGUAUCCUCAAUAAUGAGGUCAGGCAGCAGUACAGAAACUGCUUCAGAUGUCUUUGCUAUGGACGCAAACAACACUGAGGAUGAUGGCAGCAUCUUCAGGAAAUAAAAAGUACUGCUCAAGUGCCAUUAAUAUACAUGUGAUGUUGUCAUGAUUUCAGCCUGUAUUCCCCUGUCUCAUGGUUAAGGACUUUUAUGUUGAAGUUUUUCUUUUCAAUUGUUUCUGUGAUCACUUCCUGUGUUUAGUUCCUUAUUGCCCUUGUUCCUGACUCCAUUGUCUGUUUCCAUAGCUAUCCUCGUCUGUUACCAUGGCCACUUGUUGCCUACACCUGUCUCUCGUUAGCCCCAUGGUUUCCUUGUGUUUUUAGGCCGGUUUCACACCGCAUGCGUCAGCAAAGCAUAAGCAGCGCACAUUUUUUUCGGUGCCCAUGUUAACAGAUGAGAGCAUUCACACCACACACAGAGGCUGUGCAGCAGCACGUAGCAGGAGCAGAGCAGAAGCAAUGAUGCCACGAUUGUUUCAGCGCUGGGUCUAUUUUUGCUGCGCUGCUAAUGCUCAAUUAAAGUGACAGUACACCUUUGAUGGACAAAAUAUGAUUUCACACAAAAAGUGCUCAAAAUGCACAGAAUAAGCAUAUCUAGUGUGUUUUAACAAGAAUUGGAGUAUGUCAAGAAAGAAAAUUAGUAUAAAAAAAUAUUUAUGGAAGAUUUACUCAUUUAAACUUGUUUUUAAUUAUUCAGUUUGGGUUAAAGUAUCUAUACCACUGACACUUGCGGUGUGAAACCGGCAUUAUCAUGAUGUAGGACUUUAAAUGACAAAACACUUACUUGCAAAUAUUUAAGAAUCGGAAUAUCAGAUAUUUGAUGACAUGGUGAGAAAAGCAAUACAUCUGUCGUACAGUGUGGCCGCGGUGUGUCACGUGACAAUCAUGAUGUCCUCAUGGAAAAUAUAAAGGAAACAUUCUAAUGGUGGCCUUAACUCUGGAAGGUCAGCCAGAAUAUUUUAAAUUUGUGUGUGAAAGGGUUCAUCUGAUUUUUAUUAAAUUUAAUUAAAAAUUGAAUCAAAUUUCUUCCCAAUUUCCAUUUUCAAAUAAAGUCAUUGUGUGACAGUUGUCGUCAGCUCGUCUAGUGUAACCCCCUGUUGCGGAUCAUUUACGUAGGGUCACGUAGUGUGAACACCACAAUGACUUCAAGACUCCACAGCAAGUCAUGUAGUCUGAACAGCACAGCGAUCUGCCGACGUUUAAAGUCCUGUAGUGUAAACUUGGCAUUACGUGGCGUGAGAAAGUCACUUAAAAUACACAAAAUCUGAUCAGAGCAGUCAGACUCACUGAAACGGAUUUCUUGAAAUGCAAUUUGAAUAGGAUUUCAAACCACAUAUGAAUGUAGCUCGAAACAGAUUUUUAAAAAUCGCAUUUAAUGUUUGGAAAAAUUUGGAUUUGGACUGACAGUCUGAAUGUAGCCUUAUACCUGUGUUUUAGAUGCCUUGUGUCUGUCGUUGUUUUAGAAUGUUUCGUAAAGCUUUUGCGUUCUUGUUCCUUGCAUUUUGUUCCUGUUCCUGGUUUGGAUUUUUGAUGUGGAAUAUCUUUGUUUUGUGUUUUUGAAAUCAAUGUUGCUCAAUCCUGGUUCUUGCUCCUCCUUUGACCUUUUCCCUGCUGCUUCGUAACAAAUGUUAUAUUUAAAUACACAGAAUCAAUGUUUUGGGUGUUAAAUGUAGUCUCAGCCCAUGUCUUUAAAUGGUAAAAGAAAUAUUACCUUUUGCUAAAUACUAUUUAUGAUUAACUUAUAAACUGUAUUUAAUCUUUUUUUGAAACCUACAAGAUUUUUUUUGGUGGAGGGUGAAAAGCAUUUUUUACAGACUGAGUUCACUGUUGAGCUCAGAAAGCUACUUUUUUCUUUAAGGAUCCUUUUUAUAUUUAAAUAUUCAUAUGGCAAAAUAUAUUUUCAGAAGGGAAGGUCACAGGUUUCAUAGGUGUAGGGGAUUUACCUUUAUAACUAAACUAUUAAAAUAAGUAUAUGAACAGCUGAUAUCUUAAAAUUGCUUGUAUUUUUGAUUUAUUUUAAUACAUGUUUUGUUAUCUCUCAAUAAACA